CUUCCUCCUCCCGCUGUUCUUCACCUAAUUCGCCGCGAUCCAUUCCGGUCACCGCUCUGCUUCUGCGCCGUCACCAUGCGCACAUCCUCACUGCUCGCUCGUGCGGCGGCAGGCUGCCUUGCAACAGUCAUGUUGCUACAGACAGUCCGAGCCGCGGCAACACCGCUCUACAAGCGCUACGUGACCGAGAGGGACCAGGUGACAUAUCAUGUCGUCGAGAACGAGGCGCGAGGGGCGAAGCUCGAGUUCGUGCACAACUCGGGCAUAUGCGAGACGACGCCUGGAGUAAAUUCGUACUCUGGGUAUUUGUCUGUGGGGGAGAAUAUGAACAUGUUCUUCUGGUUCUUCGAAGCCCGCCACAACGCCGACCAAGCGCCCCUCGUGGCGUGGUUCAACGGCGGCCCGGGCGCCUCGUCGAUGCAGGGGCUGUUCAAGAGCCACGGGCCGUGCCAAUUCUACAACGGCGAUCAAGAGCCCUCGCUCAACCCGCACAGCUACAACGAGUUCGCCAACAUAAUCUACAUUGACCAGCCCAUCGGCACGGGUUUCUCUUAUGGCUCAGGGUGCUGCAACUCGACCGAGACCGCAGCCGUCUAUGUGUGGGAGUUUUUACAGGUGUUUUAUGCCACCUUUUCCGAGUUCACGGGGCGGGAAUUUGGAAUAUUUGCCCAGUCCUAUGGUGGCCGCUAUGCCCCAGUGUUCGCCGACUACAUCCUCACCCAGAACGCCGCCAUCACUCAAGGCGCCCUCUCGACCGCCGCCGCAACGCCAAUCAACUUAGUAGCCCUCGGGCUCAACGACGGCAUCUUCGACCCAGCAAUCUGGUACCGCUCCUGGAUCGACUACAGCGCCGUCAACCGCUACCGGCCGCUCGCCAACGCCUCCCUCGUCUCCGAGCUGACCGCCUACUACGACACGGAGUGCAAGCCGCGGCUCGACGCGUGCUACGCCACCGGCUUCGUAGCCGACUGCGCCGGCGCAAUGAACCCGUGCCAGGCCAUCAGCACCAAAGUCACCACGGCCAACGCGGUGGAGCCGUUCAGCAGGAACGACAUCCGGCAGGCCGUAGACGGCAUCUUCCCGCCCGAGACGUACGCCGCGUACCUGUACCGCGAGGACGUGCAGCGCGCGAUCGGCGCGCGCAAGAACUACACGCUUAGGGCGAUUGAUGUGCUUCUCAACGUCACGGGGUCGGGAGACUUUUCGCGUCGGUCUUCGACGUACAUCCCGGGCCUGCUUGACGCCGGUGUCAAGGUCAUCAUCUACACGGGCGACGCAGACUGGACCUGCAACUGGAUCUCCAACAAGCGCGAGGCCGAGUCGAUCGUGUGGCCUGGGCAGGCAGAGUUCACGGCGAAAGAGCUUGCUCCAUACACUGUAGAUGGCGUGGAGAAGGGUCUCAUCAAGACUGUCGAGAAUCUGUCGUAUAUGAAGGUAUACGAGUCUGGGCAUGACUUGGCAUAUUUCCAGCCGGAACUUGCCCUGCAAGUGAUGAGGCAGCUUUUUGGUGGCAGCUUCGUCUCGACAUAAGUCAUAGGAUGGACUGAGAGGGUACAUACCGCCCACGGGCUAGUUGCUCGUUGCAACGUAGAGCAUACCAUGGUGAAAAGAACAGCAGCAACAGCGGUGAUUAAGGAAAGUCCACAUUACUUCUAAAAGCCCUGAGAAAUACAUCAUCUAUAGCCGCCCAUCAUUAGUGCAACAAUUUAAGAAAGCAUAAAAGCUCUAAUCGUUACCCC